AUGGAGACACCAAAUCGGAUCCCAGUAUCUGGAUUCACAAAACCAUGGGGCAACAAUUCCGUUCUCUCAGGCAAUUUGGGCUUGUCUCAGGCAACUGUCUCCCCUCCACCCCCAAAUGAUACCUUCCUCCUCAAUGGGUCUCUGCAGAACUGGACGGAGAGCUACAACACCGGUUUCAUGCCAAGUGUUGCUGGAAUCCUCAUUCCUCUUAUCUAUAUAAUAGUCUGCGUGGUUGGUUUAGGGGGCAACACCUUGGUCAUCCACAUCGUCUUGCGCUACUCUCAGACCCAGUCUGUGACAAACAUCUAUAUCCUGAACCUGGCCAUAGCUGACGAGCUUUUCAUGCUUGGCCUUCCCUUUCUGGCUGUCCAAAAUGCUCUUUUGUCCUGGCCAUUUGGGUCACUGAUGUGCCGCCUGGUUAUGACUGUGGAUGCCAUCAACCAGUUCACCAGCAUCUUCUGCCUGACCGUAAUGAGUAUCGACCGCUACUUGGCAGUGGUACAUCCUCUCCGGUCUUCCAGGUGGCGCCAACCUCGAGUGGCCAAGGCAGUCAAUGCCACAGUAUGGGCAAUAUCCUUUGUAGUCGUUCUUCCAGUUGUUGUUUUUGCUGAUGUGUUAGAGGACGAUGGGAACUGUAGCAUAGUAUGGCCUGAACCUGCAGAAGUCUGGAAAGCUGCGUUUAUUGUUUACACAGCAACUGUAGGAUUCUUUGGCCCUCUGCUAGUCAUCUGCAUGUGCUACCUGCUCAUCGUAAUCAAGGUCCGCAGCUCUGGACGUAGAGUCCGAGCCACGUCCAUCCGUCGGCGUAAAUCUGAGCGGAAGAUAACGCGAAUGGUGGUGAUUGUGGUAGCUGUGUUUGUGUUCUGUUGGCUACCGUUCUACAUACUAAACAUCGUCAACCUGCUAGUGCUGCUUCCAGGAGAGUUCCGGGGCCUGUAUUACUUUGUGGUGGUCCUUUCAUAUGCCAACAGCUGUGCCAACCCCAUUUUGUACGGAUUCCUCUCUGACAACUUCAAGCGAGGUUUCCGGAAAGCUCUGUGUCGCUCGACCAGGCGAGUGGAAAACCAGGAUCUACAACAGGGGACUGUCGGAAACCACACUCUGCCCCUAGAGGAAAUGAAAAAGGACCUUGAGCUGACAGACUGCCUGAAAGAAUCCUGCAAACAAAUACAGCAAAACUGUGUGGAAGAAGAGGAAGAAGUUCAGGAAGCAGAUAUGGGUUACAUGGAGAAUGGCACCCAAAUGACGGAAAUCUGUAGAUCUGUAAAGAAUGGCUGCAGACAUAGGCGAUGUGAGGGCACUAAGACCAUAGUCUCAUGCAUGGUUGAUGCCAAGGAAGCAGGACCAAGUAAUGGAAACAGAACUGGGGAAAAUGGGGACUAUAUUAGUCCAACCUUUGGACAUGUUGUUAGUUUCAAUGGGUCUCAGAGAGGGAGCAUCAGACCAGUGGCAGAGGAAUUAGGAGACACUGUUCUGGAAAUUAGUUAUUUGUAAAACUGUGCAACCUUUCUUAACAUCCAGCAUAAGUGAAAUACGCAGUGAUGCCAAAAUGUGGAGUUUCACAUUCAUUAUCAGCAAGUGUCUUAUGUCUUUAAACGUCUCUUGGAAUUUAACAAAUCUUUUGUUUCACAAACUGUAAUAUACAAAAAUAGUGAAACAAUUAGAGCAGGGCCUUUCUUCCCAAGUACUAGAACCUUUGACACCAGAAGACUGUGAGUGUUCUUUUUUCAUUGGUUAACCAAACUGCAAAACUGACAAUCUGUCAAAACAAUCUGACAAAAGAAAUAAGUCAAAUCAGGUACUUCUUUCACGAUGUGCAUCAAAACUUGAACCAAUAGAACCAGAACCAGAAGUUUUGCUAGCACCUGUUUGGGACAGUUUUUCUCAAAGCAGUCUCAUUAUGCUUGAGCAGACUGUG